GUCCUUCAUUUUUAUCUUUUCUUUCUUCUGAGAUUUCCAUUUCUGCACAAUGUGACUUUAGUACGCAUUGCAGAUUAAGGAAACCAGACUGCAUACACUCCUUCCAUAAUUUGUAAAAGAAAAACCAAGUUUACUGAUUCCAUCAAGAAAAUGACGUUGAGCUGCUGGCCGCUUUGAAUAAAUCAUUUACUUUCAACUACCAAUUACAUAAUUGCAGACCUCCUCUUGUAUACCUUUUCCUUGGUACUUCGUCAUCAGAUUCCAUCUAGUAGAUCCUGCACUUUGUUCAUAAGCUUUGGAGCACCUAUGGCUUUUCUACCCCGAGAAAUCGAUGACCGCCCGACAUUUCCCCCUGCCGUUCCUCAUUUCUUCAAGAUCAUUCUCAAUGACACUUCCAGAGACAAGAAAAUUAAAAUUCCACCGAAAUUUGUGACGAAAUACGGAGACAAUAUGUCAAAUCCAGUAUUUUUCAAGGUUCCAAGUGGCUUAGAAUGGAAAAUAGAACUUCGAAAAUGGGAUGGUGAGGUCUGGUUUGAGAAUGGUUGGCAGGAAUUCUCUAGUUUUUACUCUCUGGAUUACGGUCACUUGCUGGUUUUUGGGUAUGAAGGGAAUUCAAAAUUCAGGGUUCGGAUAUUAGAGAGAAGCUGCACAGAGAUAGACUAUCCACUACAAAAUACAGCGGAAAAAGCUGAUGAAGAUGAAAAAUCCAGUGAUGAUUCCCAUGAUACUUCCUAUCAUGAGUCUGGUGAUUAUUCGGAUGUUGGUUCUGUUGAAAUCGGGGAUAAUCAUACACCCUGCCCAAGAAAAACAAGGGAGAAAUCUCUACUGUCUUGUCCCCGACCUCGCAAGAAAAACAGACCAAGUUCACGUGGCAAAGCUAAUGUUCCAGCUGCAAGUGCAAAUGCCACAGCUCUUGAGAGAGCUAGUGGUUUCAAAUCUGAUCGACACCCUCCUCUCAAGGUUGUUAUGACACGCACAUAUUUAUAUCGAUGCUACUUGAGUUUGCCAUCCCAGUUUAUCAAGAAACACCUUAACCGGACUGUUGGUUAUGUCAUCCUUCGGGUUUCGGGUGGAAGAACUUGGCGUGUCAAAUUCGAACAAUACGACACCGGAAGAUGCAGGUUGCUGGGAGGUUGGAAGAAAUUUGUCCGAGAGAACAGUUUGGCAAUUGGCGAUGAGUGUGUCUUUACUGUGAUUAACACCACCAAACCUUUGUUUGAUGUUGUCAUUUCCCGGCAGCGGAUAGAAUGCUGCGACUUGCAACUUGAAUAACUGAAAGAGACGACUGAAUCUGAAUCUGAAUAUUGCACCAUGAGUGACUGCUACCAAGUUGAAUUGAGUAUUAAGAGCACAGGAAGAAGUGUCUGUAAAUUUAAUGAUGUGCAAACAUAAAUACCCCUAAGUUGCGUUUAUAUGUUGUGCCCUCCAUUGUUAUGACUCCUGAUCCCGUUCGAAAGAUCAAUCUAGAAUCUUAUAUGUUGUGUUUUA